ACUAUACAUAUUGCAUGCCAGCGUGCAAGGCGCGGUGGGCAAGGAGUUGUGGCCUUGCGCAUUCAGUUCACAAGUUGGAAACGACAAGAUGCCUUCUGCCCAACCAUUAACCAACGGCCACAGCCACACGAAUACAUACGAUGUGUUGAUCAUCGGCGCAGGCUUCGGCGGGUGCUACAGUCUCUACAAACUCCGCGAGCUCGGAUUGAACGCCCACGUCUUCGAGGCUGGGUCCUACCUCGGAGGCGUAUGGCAUUGGUCUACCUACCCGGGAGCUCGAGUCGACUCGGAGAUUCCAUACUAUCAAUUUUCCAUGCCGGAAGUGUGGCGCAAGUGGAACUGGUCUGAACGCUUUCCCGGACGAGAGGAGAUCAAGGUCUACUUCAAGCAUGUCGACCAUACGCUGCGACUGUCAAAAGAUGUCACUUUUGACGCAACUGUAAACCGAGUCGAGCGCGAUGAAGCGAGGAAUCGCUGGAAAGUGUGGACAGAGAACGGCAUCGAGGCGGAAUGCACGUAUCUCAUCUGCGCAACUGGAAGUUCGUACAAACCCAACUUCCCCAACUUCAAGGAUAUGCACAAAUUCAAAGGCCAGCUGGUUCACUCGUGCCGCUACCCCGCCAACCCCAACACCAAAGGCACUCGCGUGGCCGUCAUCGGGGCGGGAGCGACAGGGGUGCAGUGCACACAGGAGAUUGCCAAAGAGGCAUCGCAGUUGACCGUCUACAUCCGCACCGCCAGCAUCUCGCUCCCCAUGUUCCAGCGACCAUUGACGGAGUUUGAGCAACGCACCAACAAAUCCAUGUACGCUGGCUUGUUUGCUCGUUGCAAGCAGACAAAGUCUGGGCUUGGAUAUGAUCAGCCAGCCGGCUCUGUGUUCGAUCUGAAUGACGAAGAACGCGAGGAGCUCUGGGAGCACCUGUGGGAGCGUGGGGGGUUCAACUUCAACCAGGCCAACUAUCGCGAUUUCUUGGUGGACCCCAAGGCCAAUGAAAUGAUGUAUCGCUUCUGGGCGAAGAAGACCGGCCCACGACUGAAGAAUCUCGAGAAGAGGGCGUUCCUUGUUCCGGACAAGGCGCCGUUUGCGUUUGGCACCAAGCGAAGCAGUCUUGAGCAGGAUUACUACGAGUGCCUCGACCAAGAUAAUGUCGAUAUCGUGGAUCUCAAAGCAAACCCGAUUGAGCGAUUCACCGAAACGGGAAUCGUUGGUCGAGACGGCGUAGAGCGACACUUCGACACAAUCGUACUAGCCACCGGCUUCGACGCAAUGACUGGCAGCUUGACGAGCAUGAACCUCCGCGGCAAAGACGGCCUCACGAUCCAGGAGCGAUGGAAAGACGGCGUCUUCACGCAUCUCGGGAUGUGCAUCGACGGCUGCCCGAACCUGUUCAUGGUGUACGGCCCUCAGGCCCCGACGGCCUUCACCAACGGCCCUACCUUUAUUGAAGCGCAGGUGGAAGUUGUCGUGGACUUUAUCAAGAAGCUUCGAAGCGAGGGGAUUAGAUCGAUUGAGGCGCAGCGCGAGGCGGAAGUUCAGUGGAAGCAGGCCAUUCAAGAUGCUAAUAACAAGACCUUGCUGCCGCUGACGGAUUCGUGGUACAUGGGCGCGAACAUUCCCGGGAAGCCGCGGGAGCAAUUAAACUAUCUGGGAGGCAUCCAGCAGUAUAUCAUUGAUUGUCGUGAGGCGCUGGAGGAUCUGAGGGGAUUUACGGUCGUCUAUAAUUGAGAGGCAGUCCAUCAAGGUUGAGGGGUCGAUGGAGAUCGAUGUCUUGGAGAUUCGUUGAGCAGUAGAGAGCGUUCUCAAGUUCGUGACUUGUCCUUUCACCUCCGACUACACUGUGCAUUCUCUCUACACACUCCCACUUCUCCUUUCCUGGCCACAUGACGGCAGUCUUGUCCGAAGCCCAGCCUUGCAUCAACCUCGGGCAGUGGCAAAUGUGGCGUUCGGCGCUCGCCGACCUCGGGUCA